AUGCAAAUCAAGCAAAAUCGAUUGCGUUUAAAGGCCUCUAUUGAUGUCAUCUGCUUGUUAACUUCACAAUCUUGUCCUUUAAGAGGCCAUAAUGAAACAAAUAAUUCAGAGAAUCAAGGAAACUAUCUUGAAUUUAGAAAGGUGUUGGCUGCAUAUAAUAAAGAUGUUUCUAAAGUUAUACAACAAGCUCCUUAUAAUGCCAAAUAUACUACUCCCUCGAUUCAAAAAGAGAUUCUCCAUAUUAUUUCAAAUAAGGUUCGCAACUAUAUUAGGCAAGAAAUUGGUAACUCUAAAUUCUUUAUUAUUGUUGAUGAGGCUCAAGAUGAAUCUAAAACAGAGCAACUGGAUCAUGUUUUAAGGUUUGUUUACAAAUAUGAAACAAUUAGGGAGCGAUUUUUUUUUACCUUAAUUAUACGAGUUUUUGAUACCACGGCAGCAACACUUAAAAGAGAAUUGUGUUCAGUUCUUGCUCGACAUAAUUUAUCUGUUGAAAAUAGUCAAGGGCAAGGAUAUGAUGGUUCUAGUAACAUGAGAGGUGAGUGGAAUGGUUUGCAAGCAUUAUUUCUUUCUGAUUGUCCAUAUGCUUAUCAUGUCCAUUGUUUUGCUCAUUGCUUACAAUUAGCAUUGGUUGCCGCAUCUAGAGAUGUUAGAAUAAUACAUCAGUUUUUUUCAAAUUUGACUUUCAUCAUCAAUUUCAUUGUUUCAUCUCCUAAAUGUGUUGACCAAUUGCAAUCCGUCAAAUCUGAUGAAUUUAAAAGGCUAUUAUCUAUUGGUGAAAUAGACAGUGGUAGAGGAGCUAAUCAGAUGAGUUCUUUAAAAAGAGCUGGAGAUACACGUUGGGGUUCACAUCUUUACUCUAUUCGUAGCUUGAUGAAAAUAAUUGAUGCAACAAUGUUAGUACUUGAACACAUCACGAAUGAUAAGUCUUGUAAUUCUUCUCAACGUGGGGAUGUUGAUGUUGCUUUAGAUCUAAUGAUUUCCAUUGAUUUUGUGUUCAUUGCCCGUUUAAUGGAAGAAAUUUUGGGAAUUGCUAAUGUUCUAUGUCAAUCCUUACAACAAAAAUCCUAA